GGAAAUCUUUUGGGGGAUCCAAGUUUGUCUAUAUAUGGUCUUAUCUUCUAAUCUUGAGUAGAACUGCCAUGCGACAGCUUGCGAAAACAACUGAGCCUACCCUCGACAUCGAUACGCUCACAAAACGCUUGGCCGACGUUGCUGAAGGCCCGAACACCCCUCGUGAAUACACCCGACGGGGGUCGCGCGAUAGGAAUUCCAAUUCUACCUUGUCUCCUUCAUCGUCUGAUGAUAGAAAUAUGGAGCUGCUGCGUCUUGAAGAGCUCCUUCAGCACGGCGGUAGGCCUGUGGCGCUCGACAUUGCGUCGCUAACUGAGAGUGAGCGAAAGGAACUCCCGUGGUUGAGUGGCCCAUGGUUCAGAAGUCACUCCCGGUCCAGCAAUGAAGUGCCCAGAAUUUUUGCCGUACAAGCCAAUCGCUGGUGGGCAAGCUUCCCUCCUACAUCUACAGGUACCCCACCUUUUGGGUGCCUAACCACCAAAAACCCUCACUCUGUUUGACUAGCUAUCAGACAAA